AUGCUAGGGACAGGGUGGGAUCAGGCAACUUCAUUAUCAUUUCCACAGUAUCACCCUUUCAUAACUUUAUCAUUUAUUCCUUGACAACAGUAUGAUGAGGAGACUGAAUGGAGGACAAUCAAGCCAGAAGCAUUUGCUGUCAUUAUGGACUUCUUUGCCUCCGGACUUCCUGUCAUUCACGAAGGAGAGCGGAGUGAGAGUGAACAUGCUGGUGGUGAAGAAGAAGAUGACGAGACCAUAGCCAUGAUCAAGGAGCUCUUGGACACGCGCAUUCGGCCUACAGUGCAGGAGGAUGGGGGAGACAUCCUCUACAGGGGGUUCAGUGAUGGCAUCGUUUACCUGAAGAUGAUGGGCUCAUGUACAUCCUGCCCCUCAUCAGUAGUCACUCUGAAAAAUGGAGUUCAAAAUAUGUUGCAGUUUUAUAUACCUGAGGUGAUUGAAGUCACGGAAGUCAAAGACGAAGAAGACCAUCUGGUGGAGAGCGAGUUCAAGAAGCUGGAAGAUCAGCUCAGCUCAGAGUCGGCCAAAAAAGACUGAUUUUUCUUUUUCUUUCUUUUUCCACGUUGAUUCAUUGUAGCCUGAAUUGCGAUCGGAAAUUGUAGUUGAUAUACUCUGCAUUAUUAUAUGAAUUGUACAAUACUACAUCACUUUUAUACUUUAACCGGUAUCACAAUAUACCCUUUUUCAAUCUUA